AUGUCUGAGGGCGUUCUCACAGAGGAAUUCGAGGUACUCGAAUCUAUCUACCCUACGGAGCUCACUAUUGUAUCCGAGCGCCAUAUAGAACUAGAAGUCGAACCCGAGGAUAUCGUCGACGGUGCUGAUCCUUUCAAGCUGAAAUUGUCAGUUCAAUAUGGCGAUGACUACCCUGAGGCUCUCCCAGAGUUCUCCUUGGAGCCUAUAGAGGGCGAGUUGGCGGAUCAGGAGUGCGACAACCUCAUCGAAAGCUUGAGGAGUGUUGGAAAGGAAAACUUGGGAAUGGCUAUGACUUUCACAGUCGUUUCUCACCUACGAGAGGAGCUUUCAAGUCUAUCGAAGAACAGGCUUGAAUCCCAGAUACAGGUUGAAAGGGAGAAGGAACGAUUGGUCAUUGAGGCAGAAGAGGCUCGAACUCGCGGUACACCUGUGACCGUCGAGUCAUUCAAAGCAUGGAAAGCCAAAUUUGAUAAAGAGGUGGCCCAAAAAAAGCUUCGAGAGGAGGAAGAAAGGCUUCGGGCCCUGACUGCGAAAGAGAGAGAUGAGACCAAAAAGUUCGCAACCAGAUUAUCAGGCCGUCAGUUGUUCGAGAAGAAUCGCAACAUGGACGACGAUGAGAGCCUCUUGGAAGAAGGGACUGUAUCGGUCGAUUUCAGUCAAUACGAUAGAUCACAGGCUGAGCGUGAAGAGGAAGAGGAAGAUAGGGUGCACUUCAGCGACAGCGAUUAG